UCCGGGAGAUCGGACAGUGCAUCGGGUUUCGCCUCAAAGCAGCCGGUAUGAGUGCGUCUGAUUAUAGCGAAGAAGAACAAUAUGGCAGCUACAGCGUCGUGGGCUCUUUUCCACGAGAAUAUGGGUAUGGACAGAACGACUCUGAUGACGUCGUGACCAGUGCAGUUGUGUCAGAAUCAAAGCCCCGGAUACUUCUAAUGGGUUUGAGAAGAGGUGGAAAGUCAUCUAUUAAGAACGUGGUAUUUCACAAGAUGUCUCCGAAUGAGACACUCUUUCUGGAGAGUACGAACAAAAUAAUGAAGGAUGAAAUAGAAAAUAGUUCAUUUGUACAGUUUCAGAUCUGGGAUUUUCCUGGACAAAUAGACUUUUUGCAUCCAUCGUUUGAUGCCGAUGGUAUUUUUGGUGGUGCUCAAGCAGUUGUGUUUGUUAUUGACUCUCAGGACGACUACCAGGAAGCAUUGCAGAAACUGCAUCUAACGGCUACCAAAGCCCACAGUAUUAAUCCGAACAUGAAGUGUGAGGUUUUCAUACACAAAGUGGAUGGUCUUUCAGACGAUCACAAAAUGGAGGUACAACGGGACAUCCAUCAACGAGCGACCGAAGACCUGGCGGAUGCCGGAUACGAGAACUUGCAUCUUAGUUUCUAUUUGACGAGCAUCUAUGACCACUCGAUAUUCGAGGCAUUCAGCAAGGUUGUACAGAAACUUAUCCCACAACUGCCGACUUUGGAAAAUCUAUUGAACAUUUUGAUAUCGAAUUCUGGGAUAGAAAAGGCGUUUUUAUUCGAUGUAAUCAGCAAGAUUUACAUCGCUACUGACAGUUCACCCGUUGACAUGCAGUCGUACGAGAUCUGCUGUGACAUGAUUGAUGUGGUCAUCGACGUCUCGUGCAUUUAUGGUCUUCAGGAAAACGGGAAAGGUUCGGCAUAUGAUAGCAAGACGGCGUCGAUCAUUAAGCUUAACAACAGCAUGAUACUUUACCUGCGGGAAGUGAACAGGUUUCUUGCUUUGGUCUGUCUGCUUCGUGAGGAUAGUUUUGAGAAGAGAGGUUUGAUUGACUACAAUUUUCACUGCUUUAGACAAGCGAUACAAGAGGUGUUUGAAGUCAGACGGAGAGCUCUCACUCGUGGCAAAUAGAUUGAAUAUAUUUAUUUGAACUUUUGCGCUGUUUUGAGACGCUAGAGCUUGUAGUUUUCUGCCAAAAUAACUGAUCACAUUGGAGCUAUA